CGCCGUAUAAAAUGCAUGCAAUCGCGAUCGACCAAUGCGCGGCAGCCGCUUAGCCAAAUCAAGGAGUUGCUAGCAAUACAACGGCGCGGCGUGUAUACGUUGAGCAUAUACCAGCACGCUGUGUAUACUGCACUGAUCGAGGUACCCGCGGCUAAACUUAGCGCUACAUCGCUGCUGCCCAACCAACUAGCGCACCGUACCCGCCGACAAUCCGAAAGUGCUGCGAGUACUUUUUGAAGAGCAUGACCACAGUACCCACGAUGGAUCGGAGAAUUGAGCUGGAGUUACGUGGUGCGGAUCCGCAGAAGGUGACCGAUCUGAUGCUUGAUAACUGUAACAGUGGAGGGAUGAUUGAGGGACUCACAGAUGACUUCGUUAGUUUGGAAAGAUUAAGCAUGAUCAACACAAAACUCACAAGUCUAAAGAAUUUCCCAAAGCUUCCAAAACUUCAAAGGUUGGAAUUAAGCGAUAAUGCAAUCCGAAUGGGCUUAGAUGUUCUUACAAGAUGUCCGAACCUCACGCACCUAAACCUGAGUAACAACAAAAUAUCAACAAUUGAAGCAUUAGAACCUUUGAAAGAGUUACCAAAGCUUACAUACCUAGACCUAUUCCGCAAUGAUGUCACACGCCUAAAUAACUACAGAGAAGAAACAUUCAAGAUGCUGAAGACCCUGAAGAGCUUAGAUGGGUUCAAAGGGUCAAGUGGAGAAGUAGCAGACAAUUCAAGUCCUUCAGAAGAUGAGGAUGAAGAUGUAGGAACAGAUAAUGAUGACGAUGAAGACGAGGAGGAAGAAGACGAGGACGAUGACGAGGAUGAUGCUGUUGUAGUGGAAGAUAUUGACUCAGAUGAAGAUUCAGAUGAUGAUGAUGAUGAUGACCCAAAUCUUGAUGACGAUGAAGAUGACGAUGAUGAUGAUCAUGAUGAUGAUCUCGAUGACGAGGAUGAUGAUGAUGACGACGAGGAUGACGAGGAUGAUGAGGUAGAAGGGAGUGACAAUAUUGGCCUCAACUACUUACAAAAGUCAGACCUGGGGGAUGACGACGAGGAAGAUGAAGAGGACUACCAACCUGACAAUGAGGUUGAAGUCGACGUUGAUGUCGAUGACGAUGAUGAGGAGGAUGAGGAAGACGAGGAAGGUGCAGCAAGGGGCGAAAAGAGGAAAAGGGAUGAAGAUGACGAGGGCGAUGAAGAGGACGACUAGGGGCAGUGGAUAAAGGGAGGGAGGGAGGGAGGGAGGUUCUUGAUGGGGUGGAGUGCAGGUACUGGUACUACAGACUUAUUGAGGGGGGAAAGGGGUGGAAACCCACUCAUUUAGAGACGGUUUAUCAUAUUUAAAACAAGAUUAUUAAAAUGCUGGAAUCUGCUUUAUCCUUGCAUUCUAGAUUAAUUAAAUAACAUAUUAUCAGAGUAUCCAUUCCAGAGUUACGUUUACAGAGUUUUGUUUUAAUAACUCUACGAAAUAUGAGUAUUAUAUUGAAAUAAUUAUUUCAAAACAUAAUACCCAAACAUAGAGCCAAACGUGAUAACGGGGGUUCAGAAUGCCCCUGACGUAGUGGAGACUGUUUGAUAUUGAUCCAUCAUGCUUUCUCUGACCUGACAUUCAUGAAAUACUUUGCCUUGCAUUGAACAUGUCGCCAAAGUUGAUGAUAAGUCACAAUGCAACACAGUGGCAUCAGAGUGCAGAAAUAUAACUGCUGCUCAUUGUCGUCUACCAGAAUUCUGAAUUACCGACUUCAACAUAAAAUGGUAUAUUUCCAAUAUUUAGCGAAUGGACUCUUCUCCUGCACUCUCUACACUCUCAGGUUAUUGUGUAUCUGCACCCAAUCUAACAAGUUGAUUGAUAACGUUUCAUUUAUUGAUGUGCUAUAUUCAUUGGAUAGGUUUGCCAAUUUGACGUAUUAAGCCGUAGCGUCUGGAAUUAUUUUUUACAAGGUAUUAUAAAUCAAGACAAUCCACUAAAGUCCAGUGUUGAGUCAAACUUUGCGCUGGAUCUUUAGCAAAUUUCCGUUGUUUAAUAGUACACAGAUAAUUCAAACUGAACGUGUAUGAACCCAUUAAGAAUUGGUACUACAAAGCUUAUUUAUGAAGCUUAUAUAUAGUGAACUUCUUUACCAUCACCUGGUCACAUUAUGUUUUUCAGUAUGAUGGAUAAUCGAUUCAGUCAAACUGGAGACAGUCGGUCACUAAGAACAAUGUCAAAAUGAAUUUGAUUUUUGUAAGGGAAGUUAGAUUUAUCUUAAUGACACUACGCAGUUUUGACAUGAAGAUGUCUCUAGCAUUCCAUCAUGCCAGUUUUGUGAAGCUGAUUUUAUAGUGUAAUCAUGACUUUUGUCUUGUAUAUUUGUAAUUUCAUCAAUAUUAUUGUUUUUUUAUACGUAGCUCCUCAUUUUGGUUCUAAGAUUCGGUUGACUCUAUGCUAGGGAUGAAAAGUGCUGCACAUGACCAGAGUAGUAGGGUGUAUAGCUAGGUUUGUUUGUGGAAUUUAAGUUUUCUCAAGAAGUUUGCUUCCGACUGAUGUGCAUACUAAUAACUGUAAAUAAUUGUUGCCCUGUCAAAAUCGUUUCACCGAUAGUCCCGACCCUGAUCAUUAGAUGCCUGACAAGCAUUCACAGUUUCCUAAUAGCAUACAACUAUAUUUCAAUGCAAUACUCCUCCAACAUAAUAUCUGUACCUCUGAAAAUAAAUUGUGUUGGUUGCUACAAAAUUAUUUGUGGGAUUCAGUAUUAUUUCUUGUAAUUUGAUUGAGAUGUAAAUGUCCUAUUGUAUUCCCUCCAAAUUGUACUUUAAAUAUUCCUCAUCAAAAUGAAUGUAUACAAUGAUUACUGAAACAAAAAUGGAGAACUUUGCAUGUUGUCUCAAAACUAAAUACAUCUAAAAGAUUCUGUGGUUGGAUGAAUACCCCAUUUUUAUAUAUAUAUUUGAUAUAUUGACCAAAUUUCAACAACAAAACAAGUUUGUGGGAGUGUAAUUUAUUAAGUUUCCUAAACUGAAGGUGUUAUUUUAAAUAUUUUGGUAGUAUUCAUUGAAUGUGACGAGUAGGCCAACGAGUUUGAUUUGUUUAUUUGUAGUACUUGUUAUGCGACAUCCUUUUAAAUUUGUGUAAAUUUAAGAGGAAAGAUUGAAUUGCAUAAAUGAAAUAGGAAAUGUUGGAAUUCAUCCUCCCUGUACUUCUGACCAAGAAAUUGUUUUAAGAAAGGUAUUUUGUUGUAAAUUGCCAACACAUCUGAUUAUGAAUGUAAAAAUGAUAGUCGAGGGAAAAGGAGUGAUGAAAAUGGGUAACUCCAUUAAACAAUUUUUGUAUGUUGCCUUUCUAUCUAUAUUUUUCUCAUGUAUGUGUGGAUUUUUUUCUAUUUUAUUCUUUUUGAGAUUUACAAAAAAAAUCAAAUGUUUAUAUGAUGAUGAUGUUAAAGGCAAGAUUGUUCCACCGCUCUCUCUGUAAACCUGUUUCGUGUUCAGUACAUGUUAUUUAUCAUGUAUUGGAGGGAAAAAAAGGCCUUUUUUCAUGUUCAUGUAUAAAGUGUUUUUCAUACAAAAUUUCCAUUGAUGGCAAAAAAAAAUGUUAAUAUUUCAGAAAGGACUGUUCCCCCUGCCUCAUAUUCUUGAUGUCGCUUAUGUCAUGUGCAGUGCGCAACCUCCUGGAGCUAACAUGCCACAAAGACUCUGCAUGCCUUUUUGCUUUCAGAGAGGAUGCACAUUGCUGGAUAAAUAGCCACAUCACUUAUAUAUCGGCAGGCUGAACACUCCUUAGAUGUUUCUUACUAUGUACAGAUUAGUUGUUCAUUAGCCAACGAGAGAGAAAGACAAAAAAAAAUGAACAUAACAAAGUACUUGCUUCUUGUGUACAUGUGGAAUUAUAUGCACACAACACAAGAGGUUGUGCAUCAAAAA